AUGCCUCGUGAACUCGUGGUACCAGAAAAAGAAUGGGUCACUUUUGGCUAUCAUCCAUCCUUUACGAUCGACCUCUCUCCGCUAAAUUCAGAAGCAAAGGCGCUAGCAUCAAUUGGGUUGGCGGGAUACAUCCUUUACUAUCCAAACACUGGUGAGAUUUUCGUAGAAAUUUUAAAUCCCAAUUCAGGCAUAUUCAUCAAUGGGGAGCGAAUAAAGUCUAACACUUAUAUUUCCGUGAGUCCCGGAUCUAUUCUUUCAUUUAAAGGUGACAAAAAAAAAAUCCUCAAUUUCAAACUUGUCCUGGAUAAACCUCCUUCGUCGAAAAUUCCUUCAGCAGAUAACGAAGAUUCUUUAUUAACCUACAAGGGGGACAAUGAAGCUGUUGCAUCGCGUAAAAUAUGUCGACGCAGGGAUCCUUAUGGGACCAGUAGCAGCGAAAAUAUGCUGUUGAAUGGGAAAGACACUGGACAGGCUACAUGGCACUCUGCGAUGAAUACGGUACUAACCGAUCCAGAGUUCAAUACCGUUUCACAUAGAAGGCCAGCUCGUGCUAUAGCAACGCGGCAGGCAUUUAAAGACAAUCAAAGUAAUCAAGGCAGCUCAUUUAGCCCAUUGACUGCCAGGUUUCUCAAAUCACUUAGUAACACUGCUUCGUAUGUGGCUUCAUCUCAGACUUCAGAUGCUGACCAGGAAUUGAAGGAAGCGCAAGUCUACCAAACGUCCUAUUUAACGGACAACCCAACAAAUAUCGUCGAUUUGGCUACUCAAUCGACCCUGCCGCCCUCAAUAAAGCACCCAGACCCAAACAAGGAGCCGUCCUUAUCUUCAGGUUCAAUUUCUUCUUCCUCGUCAAGAACUGAGAAGGACCGAAAGAAUGACACUUUACCCUCCCGCUUUUUGAUCACCCCUUUUGUUAUAAGCCAAGGCCCUCAAAGGACCGAAGAGGUACCUCUAUUAAGACUUUCUGCAAUGUCUGCUAAAGACCCCAAAAGGUUAGAACGCCAUUCGGAAGUGUACUAUCACGUCAUUUCUAGCCGUUCCGUUAAAUUGGUAGAGAGUGAAUCCGUGCCUCAAUGGUUAUCUAUCUCGUCGUCGGUGAAGGCAGCAAAACAUCUGAUAGAUCGCAUUCUUAAAGUUGGCAUCAAAGAUGGAAAAGUGGAGGCAUCUACAGAACUGGUGACGCCUUUCACGAUUGAUUCCGUGAAGGCAGGAAUCUUGCGAGAUUUUGAAUCCGUGGCAUUACGUCUCAAGCAUGUGCUGCGGAGCAAACCACUCGUACUGAGGCUGUCCUCACCCAUAUUUGCCUGCGGUGAUCUUAAGGGUGACUUAAAUGCCUUACGACGCAUUUAUGGGUCGGCUACCUUUUUGAAUCACUGGUCCGCGACUAAUGUGCCGGUACUCUUUCUCGGAGACUACGUCGCUUAUAGUACCACAAACCUUGAAGUUAUCGGUUUACUUUUUUCGUGGAGCCUACUGUGUCCAGGCGUGAACUUGUUGCGUGGAAGCAACGAGUUUCUGCUAGGCAAUGAUCGAGUUGUACAUGGGGUGUUGUUUGAUAAUAUGCCAUCCGAAUACACGUUGCUGCAGCAGUGUAGGUAUUGCUUUGGCGAAAAUUCUGGACGUUCGUUGUGGUCGACAAUUAAAGAUGUCUUGAAUACGUUGCCUUUGGCGGCUGUUAUCGAUGGUAAAGUCUUUGCUUGUCAUGGUGGCAUUCCCCUACUGAAAAAGGACAAAAAGUGUAAAUUUGUGCCGCAUUCCCGCACUUGCAGCACUAAGUUAGCUGCAGUUUCCCAUCCUUUUCUAUACUAUUCUGAAUCCAGAUGCGGCUGUCAGGAUAGCCUCAUUAAGGAGGGGCCCUGCCGAUUCGUGCCAUCCGAGGGUCUUUUUGAGGAAUUCCUUACUAGUAAGUGUUCAAGGAAUUAUUUUGAGUUCGAGGAAACCGAUUUCAGGGAAGAAGAUUCCCCGUAUACCUCUGAAUGUCGUCAAUUGGUGCGAGAGCUUCUGGGGAAUGGGCCAAGCUAUUAUUCCGUCUCUUCAGAUAAAUGCAAACGUAACUUCGAGGAUUCUCAAGAAACAUCAUUCUCGGAAAUAUCUACAUCUUCUCACAAUAUUGACGCUAUAGACGAUGGUGUAUACUCCAAUUUUACUGCUGAUGAGCUUGACGGCUCUACCCGACAGUUCAACGGUUUGGCUCUAAAGCAUUUUUUAAAGCGCUUCAAAUUUUCACACUUGUUUCGCGCUCGGGGUAGCGGUUUCAUUGAUGAUAUUUCUUAUGAAGGACGAAUGAUCAGCCUAACAUCAGGCGGAGAGGCCCCUUACGGUUGUCGCAUUGAGUCUGGCAGGAUCACGUUAUACUCCUUGAAGGAACCCUCUUCUUGCUAUGAAAAUUUGAUCAAUCCGUGGGAUGGAAUGAGUACCCUGUAG